AUGCGUAAAUUCUUCACUCAAAUUCCUAAAGCUGUUGAAUUAUUGAAAGCAAACCCUGCCCUGCCAGUUAGAGCUCAUAUUGAAUACUCUAUUUUAGCUGAAGUGUGCUUGAAGCAUCUCUAUCCAAAAAGUGAAGUCACUUUAAAUUCACCGGAUUCAAGAACAGGAAAUAUUGAAGUGACCAUUUUUAAAUCAGAUGGAUAAAAAGAAUUGGUCCAUUCUAAAAAAAGUGGCCAAGGAAAUAUCACACCUGAUAAUGUGGCUGAAAUCAUGUAAAGAGUGAUCAAGUUUGUUGAAUGA